CAGCCACCCAUCCUGCCAGUCUCAAGCAGAACAGCCCUCAGGUCCUUUGAGCCGGCCAGCAGCCUUACUGGGUCUCCACCCAUACCAGCCAUGGUGAUUUCCAGUCCUCCCCCAGCACUGGGUGGGGACCAGUUCAGGAUCUUAGUCCUUCUGGUGCUGCUGACUUCCACAGCUCCCAUCAGUGCUGCCACCAUCCGAGUGUCCCCAGACUGUGGGAAGCCUCAGCAGCUGAACCGGGUCGUGGGAGGCGAGGACAGCACGGAUGCCCAGUGGCCCUGGAUUGUUAGCAUCCUCAAGAAUGGCUCCCACCACUGCGCAGGCUCCCUGCUCACCAACCGCUGGGUGGUCUCAGCUGCGCACUGCUUUAGGGGCAAUAUGGACAAACCAUCUCUGUUCUCAGUAUUGUUGGGGGCCUGGAAGCUGGGGAACCCAGGCCCAAGGUCCCAGAAAGUAGGCAUUGCUUGGGUGCUGCCCCACCCCAGGUAUUCUUGGAAGGAGGGAACCCAUGCAGACAUUGCCCUGGUGCGCCUGGAACACUCCAUCCAGUUCUCUGAGCGGAUCCUGCCCAUCUGCCUACCUGACUCCUCUGUCCGUCUCCCUCCCAAGACCGACUGCUGGAUUGCCGGCUGGGGAAGCAUCCAGGAUGGAGUGCCCCUGCCCCACCCUCAGACCCUUCAGAAGCUGAAGGUGCCCAUCAUCGACUCCGAACUCUGCAAAAGCUUGUACUGGCGGGGAGCCGGUCAGGAAGCCGUCACCGAGGGCAUGCUGUGUGCUGGUUACCUGGAAGGGCAGCGGGAUGCUUGUCUGGGCGACUCUGGGGGUCCCCUGAUGUGCCAGGUGGAUGACCACUGGCUACUGACUGGCAUAAUCAGCUGGGGAGAGGGCUGCGCGGAGCGCAACCGGCCCGGUGUGUACACCAGCCUCCUAGCUCACCGCUCCUGGGUGCAAAGAAUCGUGCAAGGGGUGCAGCUGCGCGGGCACUUGGCGGACAGUGGGGACACUGGAAGCUCCUAAUCUGGGAUCUGAAGAUGAGCAGGCGCCUGCAGUUCUCUCUGCUGUAAAUAUGUCUUCUACCUCCGGGGGGCGCCCGCGGCCUGCGCGAGACAACAAGGAAGUUCUGGCACCGCCCACAUAGAGGCCUGUGUGUGUGUGUGUGUGUGUGUGUGUGUGUGUGUGUGUGUGUACCUCUGUGUGCGUGUGUGUAUGCGCGCGUGAGAGAGAGCGAUGAUUUUUUUUUUACAGUUAUUUGUAACCAUGCCCACAUAUUUAUUCUAGUUUCAAUAAAUUAUUUAUUCU